AUGUCAGCCAACGAGUCCACCGAUGUGGCAGUGCCUGUUCCCGAAGCCGUCAAUGGCGCUGUGAAGCCGGAUAUUGAAGCUCCUGUCGCCGAGAACCAGAUCGAGACCCCCAAGACAGUAGAGGAUUUCCCCAAUUCCGCGGCGGACGGUCUGAUCAAGAAGCCAUUCGCCCACCCCCUCGAGAUCUCCAAGCCCGCAAAGCCCGCCGAAUUGACUGCGGAUCAACAAGCCAAAUAUGACUCCGUCCUGAAGACCGUCUCCGAGUGGACCACCGUGCCAAACACAGCCGAGAAGAAUGCACCAACAGCUCCUAUCACCGAUGAUGAGCGCAUGUGGUUGACCCGCGAGUGUCUCCUUCGAUACCUCCGUGCGACCAAAUGGAAUGUGACAGAGGCCGAGAACCGUCUCAAGCUCACUUUGAUCUGGCGCCGGGAGUAUGGCAUGGAGAAAUUGACCCCCGACUACAUCUCCAUCGAAAACGAGACUGGCAAGCAGGUCAUCAUGGGAUAUGAUAACAACGGUCGCCCGUGUCUCUACCUCCGUCCUUCGAAGCAAAACACCGAGAAGAGCGAGCGUCAAAUCCACCACCUGGUCUACAUGCUUGAGCGAGUCAUCGACAUCAUGUGCCCCGACCAGGAGACACUGGCGCUUGUGAUCAACUUUGGUGAAUCCAAGUCCGGACAAAAUGCUUCUAUUGGCCAGGCGAGGGAGACCCUUUACAUUUUGCAGAACCACUACCCGGAACGAUUGGGACGUGCUUUGAUCAUCAACUCUCCGUUCUACGUUUGGCCUUUCUUCAAGCUUAUCACACCUUUCAUCGACCCGCAAACCCGUGAGAAGAUCAAGUACAACGAGGACCUGCGUAAGCAUGUGCCUGCCCAGCAGCUCUUGAAGUCCGUUGGUGGUGAUGUGGAGUUUGAGUAUGACCACUCCAUCUACUGGCCCGCUCUGAGCAAGCUGUCCGAGCAGCACCGUGAGGCCAAGCGUGAGCGCUGGAUCCAAGGUGGCAAGGUCGUUGGCGAGUUUGAGAACUAUCUCAAGGGCGAGAACAUUCCCAGCGCGUCGCAGGCUACCAGCACGGAGAACUAG